CGAUCAGAGUGGCUGGAAUUUCACCAUUAUACCAACUACUUGAGACUUGUCAAAAACUAGUGAAGCGGGUUCUAGAGAUCAUCUGUUGGAUUAAUCCUACAUCUAAUGUUCCUUAUUUGAGGCUCAAUGUUUUUAGUCUAUUCAGUAACAUCUCCCAAAUAUCAGAUUUUCAUCAUGGAUAAUGAAUCAAUUAAAGAAUAGUGUUAAAGAGCUUCUGUAGCAGACAACCUUAGUGUACUGUACCAAAAGUGGUGAUGUAAAAAGGGAGAUACAACUCCAUCCUUUAGAUAUGAAAAAUUGAAAUAUCCAUUGAUGACCAAUGAAAGCCUUAAUUGAGAAGAUGAAUGCAUCUAAGCUGACCACAGAUUCCAUUAUAACCUGAUGUUUUCCACCUACUUUGCCAGGUUGUGGCAACCAUAAAUAGCUUCCAAACUAACCAUGCACCAAGACGAACUGCGGAGAGGGCAAUGGCUUGAAGAGGAAGAUGAGAGUCUGGUUAUGAUUAUAGCCAUGUUAGGAGAACGUCGUUGGGAUGCGUUAGCAAAGGCUUCAGGGCUGAGGAGGAGUGGGAAAAGCUGCAGAUUGCGAUGGUUGAACUAUCUCCGUCCCAAUCUAAAGCACGGUCAUAUUACUGCAGGUGAAGAACAUCUGAUAAUCCAACUUCAGAAACAGUUUGGAAACAAGUGGUCAAAGAUAGCUGAACAAUUGCCAGGAAGAACUGAUAACGAAAUCAAGAACUACUGGAAAAGUCAUUUAAGAAAGAAAGCACUAACAUACAAACAAGAAUCCUUUGGCAGUAACACAAGUAAUUCAGAACAACAAUCAUCAACUUUGAAAAGUGACACAGUCCCUUCUUCUCAUAGUGAUGACUCCUUUUCUGGAAAAGGAGAUUGUUCCUCUGCUGAUUCUUUGGCAUACUCUUCAAAUGACACAACAUUAUUGGAUUGGAUUCCAAGUUGGUCAUAUGAACAAAGCAGAAUGGAGCAUCAUAUGUACUUUUGCAGCUCAAACCUAUGUUUUUGUUAUCCUCCAUAGACCUCCCAAGCUUCUAGCUUCGGGUUUGGCCGAUCCUACUAGCUUUAGUCCAAAGUUCAAACCUUGUAUUUGUAUAAAAUAAAUUCACUAAAUAUGUACAAAACUUAAAUUCAGAAUUCUGAUGCUAACACUUGACGUCGCUAUCCUAUAAUUCAGAACUCAUAGAGUUUAAAUCCUGA